CCGCCUUUUCCUCAUAAACAUCCUUUGCACAAAGAAAUAACAAUUUACUAAUUAUUUACAAAGGAGUUACGGCAUUUUUUGGGUGAUUUAGUUUCGAAACAUCUGAGCAGUGCGGUGUGAACAGUGUAUGUGGGCUUUCGCGCCGAAGAACAGCGAUUUUGGCGUUUAUAUGUGAUUACACGUGUGUGAACACUUUAGUGCACUUUAUAGUUAUAUAAAAAAACGAUACAAAAUUAAGUGAUAAAAUGGUUUAUGAGUCGUUAACCGCACCUUUACGAUGGUGUUGUACUUAACAAUCGGAAGUUUUUGCUCUCUAUGAUGCAGUUUGCGUAUUGAUCAAUGAAUGCGGAAGCGGUCGAAAUCAGAAUUGCUUCUACAAUCAAAUCUGAUAAUAUUGCAAAUACAGUUGAACCUAGCAAAACGAUGAAUUGUGUACAGUUCGCAGUGUAGUGUUUGUGUACGAAUAGUUUUUGAUCCAUCAUUAUUAUUUCGAAAAAACUGUGAAGUUAUUCAAAAAUAUGACGAGCGGAGAAAGUCCGGACGUAUCAUCGAAACCUGUCGCAGGGCAAAUCCCUAAUAAUGUGAUGGGGAAAGGAAGUGCUGGUGCCAGUGGUAGCAACGUAAUUGCUAAGCAAUGGUGGAAGGUCUGUUUCCUGUAUGGCAAUCAAGAGAAAUACUAUCGUCAAAUUUAUGGCAAAGCAGCUUCGGAACGAUUGGCCGCAUCGAACAAUCAUCAAAAGGCUAGUUAUGGCAAUUAUUCGGAAAACAUAGCCCAUACCGCUUCUGAAUCUCCUACCAACAACUCAGAUGUGAUCCAACAGGAGUAUUAUUAUUCUGAACAAGCUGCUAUCGCGUUAGGUGGACAUCGGCCGCAUGUUCUUGAGGGAUCUCCUGUUGUAAAAUCGUCCUCCUUCCACAUGAGCGAAGCGGUACCUGAGAUAACAACUGACGUGGUCGCCACUGGAAAUCAAAAUACUACAUCGAUUCUCCCGGGAAUAUUAAGAAAACGAGUAACGCUGCUGGAUGAAUCAUUUCUCCUCGGUGGUAAUGUGGUUAAUGAGCGUGGUAAUGAGCGUAAUGGCAUCCGCGGUGUUUGCGAGGAAGUUUGUGAAGAGCUGGAAGUUGAUGAACAGCGUUCAGAUAGUGGAAUCAACGUGGACGCUAGGCAACUAUCGCCAGCCACGGAUAUAGAUCAUCGACGUGAAAGCGAGCAUCGUCCAGGAAUAAAACGAACAUUCUACCUGAGCGGCGAGGAUUUACAAUUGCUAAACGAUGACCACAAACAACAACGUGUAUCUGAUCUUAUGAAUUAUCAGGUUGGGAUUCCAUGUUCCGAUGGAAUCGUAUGCAACGAUGUCCUUUCGAGCAAUAAUCAACAUCAAAAAAAGGAUUCUAACAUUUCAUCAACCGCUACCAAUGCAAAAUACAACGAACAUGUAGCACAAUUUUUGCACAAAGCAGUUCAAAUGUCGUACUCAUACCAAAAAUCUCAACCACCGGUCCAGCAUCAUCAGCAACCGUCGCAAGCUAAACCAUCUUUCCUGCAAUUCGAUGGUAGCCGUAAUCCGAUGCAAACCCCUCAGUCACCUUUACUUUACGGUUGCAGCGAUGCCAAUGCGCUUUUACCAGCGCUUGAACCACAACAAUCUGUAAACCAAUAUCAAUAUACGCAGCAACCAGCAGGUGGGAUGAGCAUGCAACAUCAACAACAACCCGGUAUGGCCUAUGCUCAUUCAAGUGUCGCCAUUGGGAAAGACUCCUUUAUGCUACCACCGCUGCAGUCGAGGUCCGAUGGUCUACCUGCUCCUACUUCUUGUAACACAACCACAAACGCUCCUUCGAACCGCUCCGCUGUAUACCAGCAAAAUCAGCCUUAUCCGUCGAUUGCACCAUCUGAGUAUCCGUACAGUUUGCUACCACCAUCAACGGCAGCAUUGAUUGCACCUCCGGUACCCCAACAUGUAUCUUCCGUUCCCGUAGCCAGUUUUCCUGUGAAUCAACACGCAUCUCACUUGCGUGGACCAGUUAUGGGAACAAGUGGCUCACCGGUUCAUGCUGCAACGAAUGCUGGAGCUGGAGCAGGAGGUCCAGCAAUUGCUGCAACAGUCGGACAAGCGGCGCUCGUUGGAGGGAUGGCAGGAGCUCAUAACUACUCGCAGUCGGAUGAUGAUAGUGGCUGCGCUCUCGAAGAGUAUACUUGGGUUCCACCAGGUUUGCGACCGGACCAGGUCCAUUUGUAUUUUUCUGCUAUUCCGGAAGAUAAAGUACCGUAUGUGAACAGUAUUGGUGAAAGACACCGUGUUCGGCAAUUGCUCCAACAACUUCCUCCCCACGAUAACGAGGUCCGAUACUGUCAUUCGCUAACCGAUGAAGAACGCAAAGAACUUAAGCUUUUUUCCGCACAACGCAAGCGCGAAGCUCUAGGUAGAGGCACGGUGAAGCAAAUAAAUUCUGCACUGUUGUGUGAGAGGUGUGGUGAAAUGGCAUCAUCCGGCGAUAUGAUGGUAUUUGCGUCACGAUUCGAAACAAACACUUGUUGGCAUCCAGCUUGUUUUACUUGUUGCGUAUGCAAAGAGCUAUUAGUCGAUCUUAUAUAUUUUCACCGUGAAGGACGUCUUUACUGCGGCAGACAUCAUGCAGAAACGCUCAAGCCACGGUGUUCGGCUUGUGAUGAGAUUAUCCUGGCCGAUGAAUGCACAGAAGCUGAAGGACGUGCUUGGCACAUCAAGCAUUUUGCCUGCUUCGAAUGCGAGAAACAAUUAGGAGGACAACGAUACAUCAUGCGGGAUGGAAAGCCAUACUGUCUACAUUGCUUCGAUGCCAUGUUUGCAGAAUAUUGUGAUUUCUGUAGCGAACCUAUAGGAGUUGAUCAAGGCCAAAUGAGCCACGAUGGACAACACUGGCACGCCACGGAACACUGUUUUGCUUGUAGUACGUGCCGUUGCUCACUACUGGGACGACCAUUCUUGCCAAGGCGCGGAGAAAUUUAUUGCUCUAUAGCAUGUAGCAAAGGAGAACCCCCAACGCCAUCGGAAUGUUCAAUGCCCAAUGUUCGCCAAGAUCGCUCAACACUAGCAAGCGGCGUUGAGCGAUGUAUGAGGAAUUUUCCCAGCCAGCCAAAGCCUCUCGAGCCAUUGAAAAACCAAGAAGAUGCGCCACAUCAACCCUCAGAAAUAACUCCAAUGACGAUUAUUAGUAGCGAGCAUAACUUUGACGAUAAUGGUAACGAUGAGAUGACUGUUUCUUGUUAUACUGCAGCUACUACAGCAACCUCAAUGUCUGCUGCCACAGGAAAUACUAGUGCAACUCUUGCGACAAUAACUACGAACACAACCGGCACCAGUGACUCAUCUACAGCUUUAAGAGACGUCGCACAUGUGCAAUGCGUGGAUAAUCAAGAUGGUGAUGAAUCAAGUAGGCAUCGUUCCAAUGCCAAUUCAAACAGGAACCGUAUCCCACAAUGUUCACCGGAGCUAAAUCGAUUACUCCAAAAAGAUCGAUGCAGACAACCUUUUGAUUUGACCGAUCUUGGACAAAGUCUAGAACAGCACUGGCAAAUUGACCGUACCGGGAGUGAAAUAGCCGUUUCACAAACAUUUGCAGCAGAUUGCACCUCUGGAGUAGCUUUGCAAACAAAUAACAUUGCCGGUGUUACACCAAUUUUAACAUCAUCAAUGCCUGAACUAGCCAGAUGUGUACAAAUUGCAUCAACAUACCUCAGUGAUACCGGUAGCCCGAUUCCAAUCGAAGAUAAUUCCGCUAUCCGUACAGAAUAUGCAGACGAACACAGCCAAAAUGCUUCAGAUGCCUCACACUCGAUCGUGGAGCUUCCAACACCACCACCUAUUGUGAUCAAAAAAGAAGUUCGUUUCGAAGGAGACUUUCAAGAUUCUCUUCCUCGAACGAAGAGCAGUUGCUCACGUGGAGGACAACGGAAUCGUGUUUCAAAAUCAUCUAAAAAGAAAUCAGGUAAUGACCGCCAAGAUAACUCUUCAGUUCGGAGGCACCAUCAUCGGUCAGAACAGCAAACUCGCCAUGAGCGCAGUUCGUCUCGACGCUCGCCUAGGCGUCGUCGCGAUUUGGUGGAUCAACGUAGAAGCUACCCUUCUGAUGAUGAUGAUCUAGCAGUAGAAGAGACUGAUCACAAGCGGAAGCAUUACCGAGAUGAGCAACAACAGCAUGCCGCAGAUACAGAUACACAAAGUUUAUGCUCAACGUGUUCAUCCAGCUCCUCCAGUGCUGAUGACGAUGUCUAUGAACUACCGCUUCGGCGUACUUCCUACGGAGGAACAAGAAUGCACUACAUGCCAAACAACUCGUUGGCUUGUGCGCGGAAACGCAAACAGCUUCAAUUGGCUGCCACUAACAGUAAUGCGCUGCAUGAAAAGGACAAUAAAAAUUGUAUCAUAUCGUAAGUAUCAAAUCAAUGAGACAUAAAUUGAAUCUCUGAAUUCAAAUUUAAGAUUAUCUUUAAAAAACAAGCAAUAAAGUAGAAAUUUUUGAACAAUU